ACUCACACAGGUGAGACGUAUAGCUCAUGUUGCAUGUCAUGUGCAUGUCGUCAGACAUGCACGAGGACAAGGCAAGGAUGUUCAGCUUGAAGCAGCAGGAAUGGAGCAUCUCGUUCGCAGGCUGUGGUUUUAUGGGCAUUUAUUACGUGGGAGCCAGCAGUUGUCUUCUUCGUCGGUUCCCGGCUCUCAUCCACAAUGCUUCCAAGAUCUACGGAGCCUCUGCAGGGGCCUUGAUGGCCGCUGUCCUCGCCACAGGAGUCCCUCUGGAGAAAUGUUGUGCUGAUCUGAUGUUCAUGGCGAAAGAGGCCAGGAAGCACAAGCUUGGUCCUCUGCAUCCAUCUUACAACCUGCUGCAGCUGGUCAAAGACUCCCUGCUGGCCGGCCUGCCUCAAGAUGCUCACCUGCGGGCUUCUGGGAAACUUUGCAUCUCGCUGACACGGGUGCGAGAUGGGAAGAACGUUCUGGUGUCUGACUUUGACAGUCGAGAGGAGCUCAUUCAGGCGCUUCUUUGCAGCUGCUUUGUUCCGUUCUACUGUGGAGUCAUUCCUCCCACCUUCCGUGGAGUGCAUUACGUGGACGGCGCGGCCAGCGACAACCUGCCGCGCAGCCACAACAGGAACACCAUCACUGUGUCCGCGUACGCUGGUGAGAGCGACAUCUGCCCACGGGGGCGCACGCUCAACUUCCACGAGGUGCGCUUCAACAACGUCAGCAUCCAGGUCACCUCAGAGAACAUGUACAGGGUCACCAGCACCUUCUUCCCGCCAGAGCCAGAGGUGAUGGCUGAGAUCUGCCACAAUGGCUGCAUGGAUGCUCUCCGCUUCCUGCAAGACAACAAUCUGAUCAGCUGUGAACCUCCCCGAGGGAGUCUGGAGCCUCUUUCGCCCCCAUCAUCAUGUUGUGACGUGAUGGAGGCACCUGUGGAAGGUCUGGAGUCUGGUGAGGACCAGAACUGGUGGCUGAAUCCUGACCUCAUAGAGGACCUUCCUCUGAACCUCAGGAAAGUGUUGUGUGCCGCCUGCAGACAAACACACCCUGCUGGCGGGCUGCUGUCUCACGUGUCUCACAAGGUGACCUCCAUCCUGUGGCUCCCCAGCACCAAGUCGCUAGAACCCGCCUUCUCGCUGGCCCAAAGACUGCUGCACUGGCUGCCUGGCGUGAGCAAAGAUGUGAGCUGGUUCUCCAGCAUGGCGGGAGACUUCUACAAGAGAGCCUGGCUGGCGGAUGAGGAGGACGACGGCACGCCGCCGCUCAUGCGCAAGUGCUCCAGCCUGCCAGCGGACCUCAACUUGUUCCACAUCCAGGACGACGGCAAGACCACGCCCACGUGUGUCCUCUCGCCCUGUGACAUGGACCACAUGCCCCUCACGCCCCCGCCCACUCCUACCUUCGACCCCAAGUCAGGAAGUGAGAUGACACUAUGA